AUGAAGUCGGCCAAGGCUCCCGUCGUGGAAGCGCCGUCGCACCGGAGGUCGCAGCCUGUCCGCCAGACGCGCACAAACCCUCCCCGAAGCUCAGCGACGGCUGCUCGCCCCGGCCCCAGAGACUCGCUGGGCGGCCCAGUUGGGGACCAGCCCAUUGACAUCUUCCCUGCCAUUACUCACUUUGCCGAUACCAUUACCGCCCUCCCCAAAGAGCUCGUCCGACACUUUACUCUGCUCAAGGAGGUCGACGCCAAGAUCUUCGCUCCUCAGGAGCAGCUUUUCAAGCUCGUCGCCUCCGCCAGGACUUUCGCCGUUCCCGAAGCGCUAGCGAGCAAUGACGCCUCAAGCACGACGGCGCUGAGCUCUGCACCCGCGAACACCCAGACAAGCUCCAACGGAAUUGCGUUCAAGCAGCACCAGCAGCCCGUGAUUUCGACCGAAGAUACCAACGGCGGCGUGUUCGACCCCUCCAACCUCCAUCGCCGCCAGUUGUUCCGCCAGACCGCGAUCAAAAUACAAGAAAUGCUCGUGUCGCUAGAGGAGAAGAAUCAUGUCAUUUCCACAGCGAAUGAGGCGUUGCAGAGACAACUGGCUCGCGCGGAGGAUGUAUGGCCUUAUCUAGAAAACGAAUUCAGCGACGAAGCGAAAUGGGGAAGCACCACACACUGGGCUUACCCCGAAAACCGCAAUGGCAAGAAUUCGGCAGCUGAAAGAUCCCGGCGCGAUGGUGCGGCGGCGAUUUCGGCAGCUGCACAGGCCCUAGCAGAACAGGCUGCUGCUCGAAGCGACGCAAGAAAGCAGGCUGUCCAAGCCAAGAAGAGCCAAAAGGUGCAUGCCCUUGACUCUGAAGCGGAUGAUCAUGAUAGCCGGACCAAGGAUGGCAGCAACAAGAAGACUAGCUCUAGCAAAGUUCGAAAGACGGCCGAUAGCAACAACAUUGGUUUGGGUAUCUCUACUGCAGCUUCUUCUAACAGCAAUCCUCCCCAGAAGAGGCGCAAAGUAGACAAGGACAAAGAAAAAGAAAAAGAAAAAGAUAAAGAUAAGGGCCAAGACAAGGAGAAAGCUGUUGCCAGUGGUGGAGAGGCACCCCAGAUGGAGCGUGCCAUGAGCCUCGUCUUUGGGAACAACUCAUCCAAAACGAAGCCCACCACCAGCCCUCGAGAGACUCCGGCUCCAGAAGUGCCGAAGAAACGCAAGGCUCUGCCCACGAGCAGCGGCCAAUCCAAGAAGAAGAAUGCUCUAUCUGCUACCAUGUCCCCGUCAGCUGCGUCCUCUCCUGUCCUAGGAGUUUUACCAGAGACAAAGGUGCCAACAAGCCGCCCGUCACCGGCGCCAGCGCCGGCACCCACGCCCGCCCCCCGUCCGACAACGUCCCGCGCACGACAGAAUUCUAUACAGUCAAACUCAGAAGCCAGCAAGGCCAGGCCCCCUUCGUCGGCGGCGAAGAAGACAAACGGGAAUAUUCCCAGCACUCCGGAAAUCACUCCGGUCGCAAACUGGUCACGCCCUGGUCAUGACUCUGAACCCAGCAAGGAACCCGCGGUGACGGUCAAGACUGAGCCAUCGCCAAAGGAGCCGGAGCAAGUAGAGGAUAAGCCUUCGGCGACCCCCAUCCCUCCUGCUAUUACCACCACCACCUCCUCCAGUCGCAGGAAUAGCAGAGUGGACGAGACGGACCGCAAGAGCGAGCCUACUCAGUCUACGCCGCAGAGCACGGGUAUGGUCACGACCAAGAGCGGAAGAGCAAGCAAACCAUCCACCCCGGCUCUGCCGAGCUUCCAAGACGCGGCCGCUGCCAGGCCGCGGACGACGCGCAAUGCUGAGCCAACAGGUAAUGGCAAAAAGUCUCAGCAGAAGAAGGGCGUUGCAGGAGCACAGGCUCUGGCUCAGCUUGUGGAUGAGGACGGAAACAGCAGCAUGCAGGGCGACGAUGGCGACGAAGAUGCCGAUGUCGACGCAGACGAACAGACAUAUUGCUAUUGCAACAGCAUCAGCUAUGGCGCCAUGGUGGCAUGCGAUUCUGACGACUGUGCUCGCGAAUGGUUCCAUUUGGCCUGUGUGGGCCUAAAGGUUGCGCCAAGCUCGAAAACCAAAUGGUACUGCCCAGACUGCAAGGAGCGUCUCAAGAUGGGUAGCAAGAAGAACGGUAGCCGAUAG